UCUCUCUCUCUCUCUCUCUCUCUUGUUGUGUCUCUCUUUCUAUGUGUCUGUUGCUGUUAAGAAGCUGUUGAUGGUUUUUCUUGCUUUGGCUUUUGUAUGAUAUAGCUCAUGCUCUUUGCACCUCUGAGUUGGAUUAAAGAGAGAGAAAUCAGAUAACGUUCAAAAACACCAAGAAUUGCAAAUUAAGACAAUAAGAAUUAGCAGCUCCUGCUAUACUGCUUUGCCUUUGAAACACUGUUCUGGUGGCUGGAAACAGGGGAGGGGCUAAGUUGGCGUUUGUCUAAGAAGAAGAAGAAGAAGAAGAAGAAGAAGCAGAGAAGAAAUGAAGUACGUUUUGGUGACUGGUGGAGUUGUGAGUGGUCUUGGGAAAGGAGUGACUGCUAGUAGUAUUGGCCUGCUUCUAAAGGCUUGUGGGCUUCGGGUCACUUCCAUUAAGAUUGAUCCUUACUUAAACACUGAUGCUGGAACUAUGUCCCCUGUUGAACAUGGGGAAGUCUUUGUCUUAGAUGAUGGUGGUGAGGUGGACUUGGACCUUGGAAACUAUGAGCGAUUUCUAGAUAUCAAGCUGACCCGUGAUAAUAAUAUUACUACCGGAAAGAUUUACCAGGAUGUUAUUGACCGAGAAAGAAGGGGAGAUUAUCUAGGAAAAACUGUCCAGGUUGUUCCUCACAUCACAGAUGCUAUCCAAGAGUGGAUUGAGCGUGUAGCACAAAUACCAGUGGAUGGGGAGUCAGGUCCAGCUGAUGUUUGUGUCAUAGAAUUGGGUGGAACUAUAGGUGAUAUUGAAUCCAUGCCUUUUAUUGAGGCAUUAGGACAAUUCUCGUACCGUGUAGGUAGUCACAACUUUUGCUUGAUUCAUGUUAGCCUUGUGCCUGUUUUGAAUGUUGUUGGUGAACAGAAAACAAAACCAACCCAGCACAGUGUUCGUGGACUGAGGUGCCUGGGUUUGACACCACAUUUGAUAGCUUGUCGCAGCACAACGGCACUAGAAGAGAACGUAAAGACGAAAGUCAGUCAGUUUUGCCAUGUCCAGAAAGAGAACAUCAUCACUCUCUACGAUGUUUCCAACAUCUGGCACAUUCCAUUACUUUUAAGAGAUCAGAAGGCUCAUGAAGCAAUCUUUAAAGUGCUGAACCUUCAGGGAUUAACAAGGGAACCUGAAUUAGAGGAAUGGACUUCUAGGGCUGAAAUUUGUGACAUGUUGCAUGAGCCGGUUCGCAUUGCCAUGGUCGGGAAGUAUACGAGGCUUUCAGAUGCCUACCUCUCUGUAAUAAAGGCUCUUGUGCAUGCUUCUGUUGCUCGUGGCAAGAAACUUUUCGUGGAUUGGGUUCCAGCUGGUGACCUUGAAGACGCAACUGCAAAAGAGAAUCCUGAUGCUUAUAAAGCUGCCUGGAAGUUGUUGAAGGGUGCAGAUGGUGUUCUCGUUCCCGGAGGAUUCGGGGACAGAGGAGUGCAAGGGAAAAUUCUUGCAGCAAAAUAUGCCCGGGAAAAGAGAAUUCCAUUCCUUGGCAUUUGUCUAGGAAUGCAGAUUGCUGUCAUUGAGUUUGCACGAUCUGUUCUUGGUCUGAAAGAUGCUAACAGCACAGAAUUUGAUCCUAACACUAAGAAUCCCUGUGUUAUAUUUAUGCCAGAGGGUUCAACAACACAUAUGGGAGCCACCAUGCGCCUUGGAUCCAGGAGAACAUAUUUCCAGUCUACAGAAUGCAAAUCAGCUAAACUAUAUGGAAACAAGCGCUUCAUCGAUGAGAGACAUCGACACAGAUAUGAGGUGAAUCCUGAAAUGGUAGCACGCCUUGAAAAUGCUGGCCUCUCUUUCACUGGCAAGGAUGAAACUGGCCAACGCAUGGAGAUUGUUGAGCUGCGUAAUCAUCCAUAUUUCAUUGGUGUCCAGUUCCAUCCUGAAUUCAAAUCAAGACCAGGAAAACCUUCUGCUUUAUUCAUAGGCCUUAUAGCAGCAGCAUGUGGGCAGUUGGAUGCUUUCUUACCGGGCUCUGAGAGCAAAAGGAAUAUCCCAAAUGGACCUGCCAAUGAUAUGUCCCAGAGGCAUAUCCCAUACGGAGCAAGCAAUGAUAUGCCCCAAAGAAAUAUCCCAAAUGGAGCAAGCAAUCAUAUGUUCCAAGCAGCAUGUGGGCAGUUGGAAUCUUUCUUCCAGGGUUCUGACACCAAAAGAAAUGUCCCAAAUGGAGCAGCCAAAGCAUAUCAAAAUGGAGCUGCAACUAAGCUUGCUAAUCGGGCACAAGACAAUGCAUACAGCAUUUUCAAUGGCAUGCACUUAUGAAGGCUGUGUAGGCCUCUACAUAAAAUAUUUGUAGGAUCAUCUUUCUUUGUGGUGUGGUUUAGGGGAUUUUAUUUACUUAAUUAGCAGGGGCUUUUAGGUGAUAUAAUAUUAUAGGAUUGGUUUGUACAGUCAUUUGGGAUAUGGUUAGAUAUAUAGCCUUCCAAAGACACAAACUUUAGAAUGGAGAGCUGCAUCCUGAGCUUUUUAAAACAGGUCAGCUUGUCAGAAGUCUUGUACUGCACUUAGAAUGUUCAGGGGAUUUGCGCCUUCUUCCCCAGCACCCUAUCCUUUUGUUUUGUCUUGAUUUUAAUGCAGUAAUAAAUCUUGAUAUGCAUGGACUCUUGGCUUGAA